GGCCUAAGUAAAUGGCGCAUACAAUUUUAUCUUUCAAUUCUUUCUAUUUUCUUUGUAUAAUGGUUUUAUAUAUAUAUAUAUAAUAUAUCUGUGUAUUGGUACAAUAUGAUUACAAAACGUACUGUGAAUCCUCACAAAUUCUCUUUAAUUAAAACGACCGCGCUCGUUCUUUUACCAUCGGAAACAAUCGAAGAAAACCGAAGAUCAUCGAAUCGUUGCAGUCCGUCGAUAUGCGUUGAUCUGUUAUUUACUCUGAACUUUUAGUCUUAUUGUUUUUAAACAAACGACAACGCGUGGUACCAACUUUUUUUCGUCUCCUACCUCCUUCUCUUCCUUCUUCUCUUCUUCAUCAUCAUCAUCUUCUUCUUCUUCUUCUUCUUCUUCUUCUUCUUCUUCUUUUCGAGCAACUUAUUAAACCGACUGUCAAAUCUGAUCAAAACGUUUACAUGAUAUAUUACGUAUUGUAAAUAUACGUGGAUUUUUAUUUGACGACGAGAAAAAAGUACAUUUAUAAAUACGUUCUAUGAGGAACGAGUUGUCGGAGAAUCUUAUGAAUAAUUACUACGUCAGUCGGAAAAAUAGAAAUUCUGAUUUAUAGUCGUGCCGACGAUUGAAAGGAAAGGUUUAAAAAUGGUAAGCAAAUUACCACACGAAUUCAGAAAAUACCAACGUAAUCGUAAUCAAUUAAGGCACAUCCUAGAAGAGACUCAACAUGCCCUAAAAGCAAUUAAUUUAGAAAAUUUCUUCCCUGGAGAAAAUAUCAUUGAACAGUUAUUAUCGCCAUUAACUUUAAACAGAAUUGUACAUAUUUUACAAAAUUCUCCAGCUAUAGUUGUAUUCGGCCAAGAUAAUAAAUCUAAAGCAGCAUUAAUAAAUAAUUUAUUUUCUACCGAGGUUUUACCAGCAUCUAAUGACUUAUGGAGGUGGAUCAAAUUUAGUCAUGGUCAUACGAAUCAUGUCAAUCUUACAUUGGGUCUUGAAUACGAAGUUGUGGUAAAAUUACAAGCCAAUGAAAAACCAUGGAGUACGAUUCCUAUAGAAGAUUUGACUAAAUCUGGAAAUGAAGAUAUCGUUUGCCCAACGGUGCUCGAAGUUAAACUUGAUUCAAAUAUAUUAAAAGAUGGCGUUCAAAUUUUUGUAGUUCCAAAUAACGGAGCAGUGAAAAUUCUUGCCAAAGGAACCCUUGGUAUUCUACCGAUAUUUCUUUAUGCCUUGGGUGAGCAACCUUUAUCGGAACAACAGCUAGAAGAAUUAAGAGACCUGAAAGAAACAUAUCCUUACAAUCCUGUAUUAUUCGUAUCGUCGCUUGUAAAUAUUUCAUUGGAUAGUAUUGAUGCGGGAUUGACAGAAUCGGAACAACAUAGACUUCAAAGUACGAUAACUCCAUGCGAUUCUAAUCAAUCUAAAGAUAAAGAUGAUGUUGACUUCGAUAAAGUAAAUUCUCUUGGAUUAACAUGGCUAGAUCAACUAACUAAUUUAGGGUAUCUUGGAAUGGAAGAAUCUGUUGAAGUUGAUCAAUUAACAUGGUUAGUCGGAGGUCAAUGCGUUAGUACUAGCAAUAUUAUAAAUUCGUGCAAGAAAAUGGAUAGAAUUUUAUAUUUUAUUAAAGGUUGUCUUCAAAAUUAUCUUGUUAAUGCAAGUAAUUAUUUAAAUGAAGUACAUACAACUAGUUUACGUAAAUUUAUCCUAAGUGCCUUUGAUAUGGCACGUCAAAUUCAGAUUACUCCAAGGAGAAUACAAUAUGCUCAACAAAAGGAAAAUGAAUUGUAUGCUAGUCUGAUGAAAAUUGUUAACGAUAAGCAAGAAGAAUUAAUGGAAUUAAUAGAAAAUAUUAUUCAGGAAAUGAAAAAUGAUAUAUAUCUGUCAACUGGAGAUUCACAACAAUAUCAAAACUUUCCUUUUGAUAAUAAUGAAAGGGCAGAAUGGUCAGUGACGGUACAAGCAGCCACCUCAGAAGUGCAAAGAUUUGUACUUGGACGUUUGCGUGAAAAAGUGGCAAAACAACUUGUAAACUCUGUGAAAUGUUUAAGAGAAACAUUUAUAGGCACUUUACAACGAUGCUUAUUGAGUUUAGAGAAAAGUUAUGAUCAUGAAUCUUCGUUACUAGCUAGUGAUGCUUUGAAACAAAUACUUUCUGCAGCUUAUAAUGUAGAACUUCAUAACUCAUCGCCAUCUCUUGUACAUUCUUUUCUAGAAAGAUUACGACAACUUUUUAAAUCUCUUCCUUUGCCAUGGGCUCCUACCCCAACCUUGGAUGUAUCUUGGAGGAGAAAGGUUACUAUUGACGUUUUAAAUUCUUUAUCCGCAGCAAGAUUAUCAAAAACAAUUUCAAUGCAGUUCAGAGAUAAGUUAAAAUUGUCUCAUGAUGCAUUUCAAUCGGCUCUAAAGUCCCUUGAAAAUCAUUAUUCUGGAAAGUUAGAAAGGACUGAGGAACAAAGGAUAGCUAUACGAAAAUUCCAUGCACCAAGAUUAGCUAGAUUAGCCUUGGAGUCCACAUCAAUGACUGAUGCUGUUCGUUUUGGUAUACCGCAUUAUGGUAAAGAAAUUGGGCGUGGUCAAUAUGGUGUAGUAUUUGCAUGCGAUGGUUGGGGAGGAGCUCCAGGACCUUGUGCAGUUAAAUCUGUUAUCCCACCGGAUGAAAGACAUUGGAAUGACUUAGCAAUGGAAUUUUAUUACACCAGAUCAAUACCAGAUCAUAAAAGAAUUGUGAAAUUAAGAGGUUCGGUUAUAGAUCAAACUUAUGGAAGUGGAUACGGAUUAGGAACUGCAGUUCUGUUAAUUACAGACCGUUUAAGCAGAGAUUUGUAUUGUGGAAUAAGAGCUGGAUUGUCUUGGUUAGAACGUAUGCAAAUUGCGAUUGAUGUUUUAGAAGGCAUACGUUAUCUUCAUUCUCAAGGACUUGUUCAUAGGGACAUUAAAUUGAAUAAUGUGCUCCUUGAUACUGAAAAUAGGGCAAAACUGACUGACCUUGGAUUUUGUAUCACAGAAGCUAUGAUGUCUGGAAGUAUUGUAGGGACACCUGUUCACAUGGCUCCAGAACUUCUAUCUGGACAUUAUGAUAGUAGCGUAGACGUAUAUGCUUUCGGCAUUCUUUUCUGGCACAUAUGCGCUGGGCAUGUCAGAGUGCCAUAUACCUAUGAACAAUUUCAUAACAAAGAACAAUUAUGGACAAGCGUAAAAAAAGGCAUUAGACCAGAACGUCUGCCACAUUUUGAUGACGAAUGUUGGAAAUUAAUGGAGCAAUGUUGGGCUGGAGAACCUUCUAAACGACCAUUACUUGGAGCAAUUCUUCCAGUGCUCGAAUCUAUUCAACAAAAAGCAGAAAGAGGCAAGUCCUUACAACAACUCAGCGAACUCAAGCUACAAGAGAAUUCCACAUCUGAAUCAAAAAAUCCUGCACUGGCACUAGCAGAACCUUAUAAUCAAAGAGGUGCCAUUGUUAGUCCACCUCCUGUUAAACGUAGGAAUUUUAGAACAGUAAAACCUCCUGUCUUUCACAUGACAAAUCUCUUUCAAACGAGUGUUUGUUCAAAUCUGUAUGUGCAAAUGCGGGAGUUUUAAAUAAUUUUAGUAGUUUGACCUGUUAAUUAAUUUUAAAAUUUGAUGAAAGUUUCCCUUUUAAAUGCAUGAGAUGUGCUUGGAAAAUAAUCCAUUAUUUUUGCAUUCAUUAAUUUGAUAUUUCUAUAAAUAGUAUUUUCUCAAUACAGUAUUAAUCUGGCGAAUAUGAGUUUAUUUAUCAUCUGAAAUGCAAAAUACAUCUCUUCGUUUAUUUAGCUUUAUUAUUAUUCAAUGAUAUUUUCUAAAUUGACUGAUUCAUUAUCAAAAACAUCUCUUGCCUUUAAAUGUGUUAUUUGCCAAUAUUGCAUUUCCUAUAAUAGAUAUUGAUAUUAAAUUAAAAAAACAUAAGCUCUUUCUGUAAUGUAUAUUCGUUGUUGAAAAAUAAAUAAAGAUUUCCUAUUUUUUAUUAAU